AUGCUUUUUACCUCCCUCUAUAGCAUGCUCCCCACCUCGAAGCAAUACCUGACGCGGGCCGGCUUCUCUCCGUCCAUUUCCGCCUACAUACUGAUUGGACUGUUCAUUGCUGGGGUAGCUGGAAUUCAGAUCGUGUCUGGGUUUGCGCACAAGUUUAUUCCGUCGCACGUCGUGGACUGCGCCCAUACCCACGAGUCGGAGGAUGAUCCCGAACACGGCAGGCACCAAGUCGAGGAUGAGUUCGGCCACACCCACCACAAAGGUGGGACCCAAAGCACAGAGCGAACACCGCUGCUGCGGCCCUCGGAUCACCCCGCAUUCAAGUCCACCCCGGCGGUGGUGCAACGAAGUCAGCACAGUGAGCCGGCGCCCAAACGGCGCGAAACCAUGCGGGCCAUGCUCACCCGCCGGAUCACCUCGCUCAUGGGUGUGAAACCCACUUGCGACGAAAACGGACCCUGUUUCGGGGUUUCACAGACCUGCGGACGUGAAUGUACCAAGGUCUUUCCGCCUUCGGCCAACGACCUCCCCCGGCCGGACCUAGUGCACCGUGAAAGUAUGUCCGCGCCACUUGAUGCAGAGAUCGCCCAGGCCGAGCGUGACGUCGGCACCGAACAUCAUCCCGUGGAGGGUGGUUACUUUGACAACAUCGCCUCCCAUCACUCCCUGCGCCCAUGUGUUGCCUCCUCUGCCUCGUCGCAGGUGGUUCCACAGGAGAAUUUGCACUCGCAUCAUGACCAUGAGCACUCCCAUGACUCUGAUCAUGGAGAUGAGCUCGAACCAGAUCGUCCCAAGUCCGCAAAUGGGAACCCUCAUCACCAUCAUGUGCCCCAGAAUGCCUUCCUUUCCAUCGGACUGCAGACUUCGCUCGCCAUUGCUCUGCACAAGCUCCCGGAAGGGUUCAUCACAUAUGCCACCAACCACGCAAGCCCAACCCUUGGUCUGACGGUGUUUCUGGCUCUGUUUAUCCACAACAUCGUGGAGGGAUUCGCUAUGGCUCUCCCACUCUAUCUGGCCCUGAACUCCCGCUGGAAAGCCAUGUUCUGGUCCAGUCUGCUGGGAGGUAUCAGUCAGCCCGCCGGUGCCGGCAUAGCCGCUUUUUGGAUUUGGAGCACUGGUCAGCGUGGCAGUGGAGAUGCCACGGGUCCCUCAUGGGGCAUCUAUGGCGGCAUGUUUGCCGCGACAGCUGGUGUUAUGACAUCAGUUGCACUGCAACUGUUCAGUGAAGGGCUGGCCCUUACCCACCACCGUGGUCUCGGCAUUGGGUUUGCCGUUGCAGGUAUGGGUUUGAUGGGGCUGAGUUUUGCAUUGACUGCAUGA